GUAUGGAAAUGACAUUUACUCACCGACAACCAAGCCGUUGGCAGUUCAUUUCCGUUGCAAUUCCCAGCAUUCAUUGAAUCUACAAUUUUAUUUUGUUGCCUUUGUUCGCUCGUUCGCGCUCCUCCAGCCAGUUGGCCAACCAACCAACCAAACAGGCAGCCAGCCAGCCAUCCAUCCAUUCAACCAACCAUUCUGAUUCUCCAAGUGGAUGUUUUGGAUUUUUUUUCGCGUUCCAUUGAAUGUAUCGUUGUGUUAUGCUGUUGUUGUUGUUGUAGUUUUAGUUGUCAUUCAACGUCUGGACCAUUUGUUGUGUGUUUGGUUUAUCUUUCAAUAUCCAAUUGCGUUUCUUCAUUCGUCGUGAUUCGUUGUGUUUACUGGACGCGCGCUUUAAAACAAUACAAACUAAUCGAGUUCUUCACCAAAAAGGGGGGCUUUGGAUUUUUUUUAUUUUCUUCUUGAAUUUAGAUAGAAUUAAUUUUUCUAAACUACUUUUCUCAACAUCAAUACAAAUGGAAUUGAAGUGAAGUGAAAUGAAAAUCAAAAGCAUAUCUUAAAUAAAUGCUUAUCAUCUUAACAAUCUGCAAAGAAAAGAAACCAACCAGUAAAAUAUAUAAAAAUUGUGUGUGAGUUGUGCAAAAAAUUAAAAAAAAAAAAAAUUAAAUAAAAAACACAAUUUGUGAAAUCUUGAAAUUUUGACCAUUUUAAAAGAGUAUGUUACCACAGAGUAAAUUAUUACAUAAAUGUGCUGCGUUACAUUAAAAAAAGGAUAUUCCAUCUAUUAAGAAAAUAUUUAAAAAAGGAAUUUUGAUUUACCGACGCUUACCUCUCUAACGGAUAUUCAGUAUUCAACCAAAAAUUACUGCCGCCGGCAUAGGAAACUUUUCUCGGAAGUUUAGCCAAAACCUGUGCCAUGAAGGAAAAAAGUAAAAAUGCUGCCCGCACCCGGCGUGAAAAGGAAAAUGCAGAAUUUUUCGAAUUGGCCAAAUUAUUACCGUUACCAAGUGCAAUUACAUCACAAUUGGACAAAGCCUCCAUAAUACGCUUGACCACCUCCUAUUUGAAAAUGCGUCAAGUUUUUCCCGAAGGCUUAGGAGAAGCUUGGGGUUCUUCACCUGCCAUGCAACAAAGAGGUGCCACCAUUAAAGAAUUGGGUUCACAUCUUUUGCAAACACUGGAUGGUUUCAUUUUUGUAGUGGCACCCGAUGGCAAAAUUAUGUACAUUUCGGAAACAGCCUCUGUUCAUUUGGGCUUAAGCCAGGUUGAAUUGACUGGUAAUUCUAUUUUUGAAUACAUACACAAUUAUGAUCAGGAUGAAAUGAAUGCGAUAUUGUCCCUGCAUCCGCACAUGCAUCAAAAUCUUGAUGCCUUUAUCAAUCCUUUGCAUUUGACACAGACAAAUCCCGCCACAAUUGGCAGUCCCAAUGGCACAACAAACUAUGCCGGCGAACGUGGCUGUCACACCAUUGAAAUUGAAAAACAAUUUUUCCUGCGCAUGAAAUGUGUUUUGGCCAAACGUAAUGCCGGCCUAACCACAUCAGGUUAUAAGGUUAUCCAUUGUUCUGGAUAUCUGAAAGCCCGCAUAUAUCCCGAUUAUGGCGAUGGCCAAGGUGGUUAUAUACAAAAUUUGGGCUUAGUUGCUGUUGGCCAUUCGUUACCCACCUCGGCGAUAACUGAAAUUAAAUUACAUCAAAAUAUGUUUAUGUUUCGGGCACACAUGGAUUUGAAGCUGAUAUUUUUGGAUGCUAGAGUAUCCCAGCUCACCGGCUAUGAACCACAAGAACUCAUUGAGAAGACCCUGUAUCAGUAUAUACAUGUACAGGAUAUACUGCCCAUGCGUGUUUCACAUCAAAUACUUUUAUACAAAGGACAAGUUACCACGAAAUAUUAUCGUUUCCUAACAAAAGGUGGCGGCUGGAUUUGGGUACAAUCCUAUGCCACAUUGGUGCACAAUAGUCGUUCAUCGCGUCAAGUUUGCAUAGUUAGUGUAAAUUAUGUUUUAAGUGAACAAGAGGCCAAAGACUUAGUACUCAAUGAAAUCCAAACGGGUGUUAUCAAAAGUGAACCGAUCUCAACGCCAGCACCCAUACCCACACCGGCGUUGCAUGCCAGUCAUGCCGCCGCGGUUGCCAAUGUACCACAUCCUGUGGCGACCAUUAACAAUAACAAUGGAAACAACAGUAAAAAUGGUCUACUACGACAUACACCCAGUUUGCCUAGCCUAACGCCAAGUGUGCUCAGUACAAGUCCGAAGAUGGAAACCUGUUUCGAAGCCACUGGCAGUGGCGGUGGUGGUGGUGGGUCAUUGGGUCAUUUGCCAACCGCUGUGACUCCUGUCUUAAGUACAAAUACCAAUUCAAGUUCAAGUAGUAGUAAUGUCAACAAUAGCAGCAGCAACAACAACACAAAUAACUAUAUAAAUUCACAUCACAAUGGCCACACGGAAAUAGCUUUACAUACCUUACAAGAUCCUCAGACGCAACAGCAACAACAACAUCAUCACCACCAUCAUCAUCACCAUCAUGAACAUCAGUUACAUAUGCAUCCACAACAUAUGCACGAUCUCAUGGAUGUGGCCGGUGCUGGACAUCAUGAGGGUCUCAGCUACACACCACUGUAUCCCGUCAAUGAAUCUAUUGUCAGUUCGAGCAGUUCAUUGGGUCAACAUGAUAUGGCACAUCAAUAUCCGGAUACCACCACCAAUACCACCGCCGCUGCCUCAAGUUUGUAUUACAAUAACAACAACAAUAACUAUUAUUAUGAUGCCACCGUCGAUGUAUCGGCAUCCACCUUGAUACGACCAUUUUCGGCUAACUCGAAUAGUUGUUCGAGUAGUUCCGAGAGUGAACGUCAAUUGUCAACGGAUAAUGCCUCAAUUGUAAAUGGAACCUCACCACAAACCACCUACAGUGAUCUCAGUCAUAGUUUUGAAUUAAACUAUUUUUCGGACAGUAGUUCACACAAUCAACACCAGCAGCAGCAACAACAUCAUUUACCUCACAGUAACACUCUGACAGGUUUAACAUCACCACAUCACCAAGGAACCAUACAUUUAACGCAAUUAGAUGGGAUUCCGCAACAUCAACACCACCAUCAGAACCACCUUCAUCAUCAGCAGCAGCACCAACAGCAGCAGCACCAACAGCAGCAAACGCAUUUAACACUUCCGCCCAUGGAAGUGCCACAGCACAAUGCAACAUCUCAGCAACAAUCACAAACUGCACAACAUCAACAGCAGCAGCAUCAUCACAUAGUUGCCAAUAGUUUUACGGAAACCUUUAAAAAUGUCAAUGGACCCCACUAUACCAGUGUCAUAGUGGAACCCCAACAUUACAUUAACAAUGAAUUUGUACAUUAACCUUUAAAGAUUUUGACACGUUGCGACAAAAUCUUGAAAAGCCACCGUUACAAUGAAAACAGUCGAUAAAACACUGAAGGCAGAAGGGUGGCCGGCCAUGCAUGACAUCAAAAACUCUGCUUUAAUGAUGGCUGGCAAUACCUUGGGCUUUGUGCAGAUAGACUGCUUCCAAGUUGUUGCAAUUAUUUUUUUACUAAAUCAAAAACAAAUUGUAAUGAAAAAGCACUAAGCUUAACUUUCAUGGCUGAGCCAUGCAAUAAUCUACCAAUUUUUUCUAUUUAUAUUUUUAUUUAUAACUCCUUCUCUUUAUUUAUGUAUUUUUCUCAACCGAUUUUUCUAUUGAAUGUUGUGGCAAUUUUUCUUAUUGAUUAUUUUAUAAAACCUAAUAUAUAUUUAAAUAUUUAUUUAAAGGCAAAUGAUGACCAAUGGAAGAUAUUUACUUUCAUUGACGUAACAUUAUUGCCAACCCACAAUGUUGGCUAGGUAUUGCCAUCAGUAUCUUGCGAUAAGCAUGGGAUGUUACAGCAAAAUCUACAACCUUGACCUAACAACUUAAGUUAAAUGACAAACACUUUUAUUUUAUUGUUAUUCUUUCUGGUAAACUAUCUAUCACAUAUACAUAUAUAAAUUACAAAUUAUAAACGUUAAAAUAAUUUAAGUAAUAUUUUAUUAAGUUGAUAUUUUUUAUAAAUAAUUAUUUCAUAAGUCAUUUGUAAAUAGCAAUGAAUUUAUUUUUAAGUGUGUAUGCCUAAUAUAUUUAUAAACACUAAUAUUAAAUUAAAAUAAUAAUUAUAUAAAAACAAAUUUAAUAUUUAGUAAAAUUAUAUACAUAUAGACAGACAUACAUAUAUACGAAGAAAUGAAAACAAUAACACACGGCUAUUUGUAUUUAUAUAAUUGUAAUUUUUUCUAUAUAAACAAACAACAAAUUAAUUGAAUGAAACAAAGGUAAUAACAAAGAAAUAUUGAAAUUAAAAUCUA